UUGCCAGGCAAGGUUGAUUUUUUUCGAUGGCGGAGAGUUUUUAAUCGUUCGACGAUGACUUGCAAGUUUUCGGAUGGAAAAGGUCGACGCUGUGGCGCACUUUCCUGUAGAUAGUGGAAACGUACAUGGAGAAAAUGCCGCACGAGAGUAGAAAGGAUGCACGGAAAAAUCUGGCUCCGUUAUCGCCCAGUCCCAUACUCGAUAUAUCCGAUGACGAGUUGGUGACGAUCUCCGUGAGAGAUCUGAACAGACAGCUGAAGCUGAGGGGGCUCACGAGGGACGAUAUCGUUCGCAUGAAGCAGCGUCGCAGGACGUUGAAGAAUCGCGGUUACGCAGCCUCCUGCCGGAUCAAGAGGAUAGAGCAGAAGGACGAGCUGGAGACGGAGAAGACGCAGGAGUGGCGUGACAUGGAGAUGAUGCGAGACGACAACAAUCGCGUCAGGGAGGAAGUCAACUUGCUUCGGGCGAGAUACGAGGCGCUGAAGAAGUUCGCUCUGGCCCACGAAAUUGCCGUUCCGCAUGAACUGGAAACACUGUAGUGCAGAUAAACGACUCAAUUGGACUCAAUACGUUUUUUUAUAUCAACACUUUUAUUAACUCCGAGACGACCUUAACGUUAACGCUGUUGCCGAGCAGAUUGAACAUUUGCUUUUUGGUGGUGGACGCUGGAAACGCAAAAGUCUCCGGGAAGGCCAUCAGCCUGCACACUUCACGCGGUGUAAAGAACCGCAUCUUCAAACUCAACAAGUCUUUCGAUUCUGCAUUGUAAACUUCAGCGGUUUCCGCCUCACUCUUUGGACAAUAAACUGAACCAGUUCCUUCUAUAUACCUCCCAUAAGCCUUGGUGAAGCAGCAUGAUCUUGUGGAAUGUCCAUAGCAGAUAUCCAAUAUGUUGCCUCGUUUAUUCAGCACUUUCUCACUCAAUCGAUACUCCUCAACAACAUC